CGAAAAAAACAAAUUAUAAACUAAAAAAAAUUUAAAAAAAUUGCAGAGAUUUUCCUCUUUCUCUCUCUAAAACCUCGAAAAAAAUCCAAUGGAACGAAAUGAAGCCCAACAACACUACUUCACCACCAACACCCCCACCACUGUCAACACCACUCCGUCAACGACUAAUGGCCUCCUGCCGCCGCCCAACGAGAGUGGCGGGCCCCACCACCACAUGGUGUACCCUCAUUCAGUGCCCCCGGCGGUGACGUCACCUCUGGAGCCCGCCAGGCGGAAAAGAGGGCGGCCGAGGAAGUAUGGUACCCCCGAACAGGCCAUGGCCGCCAAGAAAAUGGCGUCUUCGACCUCGAAGGAGCGGAGAGAACAGCAGCAGCUGCAGCAGUUGGCUCUUGGUGGCGCCGGUGCUACGCUUUCCGGGUCUUCCGGGAAAUCUCAGUUGCUUGGCUUAGGCAAUGCUGGUCAAGGUUUUACUCCACAUGUUAUCAAUGUAGUUGCAGGAGAGGAUGUGGGCCAAAAAAUAAUGAUGUUCAUGCAACAAAGCAAGCGGGAAUUGUGUAUAUUGUCUGCUUCUGGUACGAUCUCUAAUGCAUCUCUCCGGCAGCCAGCGACAUUGGGUGGUAACAUUGCUUAUGAGGGCCGGUUUGAAAUAAUCUCACUAUCUGGAUCUUAUGUUCGGACUGAAGUUGGUGGGAGGACUGGUGGGCUCAGUGUAUGUCUAUCAAGUGCAGAUGGGCAAAUUAUUGGAGGAGGAGUUGGUGGACCUCUAAAGGCUGCUGGUCCAGUUCAGGUUAUUGUUGGUACAUUUAUUAUUGACAACAAGAAGGAUGGUAGUGUUAAUGCGAAAGGUGAUGCCUCCAGUAGCAAGUUGCCAUCUCCAGUUGCUGGAACUUCGGUAUCUAAUGUUGGCUUUCGCUCAGCUUUUGAAGCUCCAGGAAGAAACCCUAUCGUCUCAAAUGACGAUCAUCAGAGUUUUGGGGGAAGUCAUUUCAUGAUGCAACCACAGGGCCUGCAUUUGGCACCUCACCCCACAGAUUGGAGGACCGGUCUAGAUGAUAGAACUGCUUUUGAGUUGACAGGAAAAACAGGUCAUGGAGCUCAUCAAUCACCAGAAGACGGGGACUAUGAUUAGAAUGAAGAUCAGAAAGUGCUAUUUUGUCUUAGAUGAAUUUAAGUUACAGCUUUUUUGCAAGAGCGAAUAGAAAACAACUCUCCUUGGCCCUUGCACCCGGAGUGUAAUAUGAUAUACAUGUACAGGUUGGCCGUUUACUCUUUCGUUAGUUGAUGCUGAUUAGAUUACGCACCAUAAAGUAAGGAGAUGGCCUGUGAAAAUCGUAGCUACUUUGCUUAGUUGUUCAAAUGGUUUCUACCUUAUUUUUGCAGCUAAUUUUAUCACUUUCGAGUUGCAUAAAUCCUCUCUGGUUUAGGGAAACGUGGGGACCCCAUUAGUGAUAACAUAUAACAGUUGUGCAUUUAGUCUUGAAAUUAUUGAUUGUUGAAAGCCUUUGAAUUAAGUUGUGAUUCCCAUAAUUAAAAGAAGACAUUUCAUGUUUGACAAUUUACUGGGAAUUGUGGUUUAUUUGUCA